AUGACUACCCUUGAACCUCGUCAACCUUACACCGACGCCGAGUUGCGCCAGCUCUACCCUCCACACCUCAAGCUACAACUCGUGCAGAUCCUCCUACGCCACGGCGAGCGAACUCCCGUCACGCCUCGUUUCCAGAACACCGGCCUCCCGCCCUACUGGCCCUACUGCCGUGCCGUCCGCCACCUUCGAUCCGCCGUCCUUGAUCCCGACACUGGCGAAUACUCCUACCUCGACUGGAAGCGCCGUCUGGAAACCUUUGCCUCCGACGAUGACAGUCCAAUCAUCGCUGCCGGCCCCAAUGCCGAGCUUGACGACAUCUGUGACAUGGGCAUGCUCACGGACCGCGGCCGGGAAACCACCCGCGACCUUGGGCGCCGUCUCCGCCGUCUCUACGUCGAUGGCCUGAGCUUCCUACCCGCCGACCUUGCCAGCGCCGACUCUCUCUACCUCCGAUCCACCCCGGUUCCUCGGGCCCUCGAGUCCCUUCAACAGGCCUUAUCUGGCCUGUACCCGGCGACCCACCGAGCACCCAACCUUCCUCCUCUCACCAUCCUCACCCGAGCCCCUCAGGACGAGACAUUGUUUCCCAAUGAUGGCAACUGCCGCCGUUUUGCUGCCCUCUCGCGUGCCUUUGCCCAGCGCGCUGCCGAGCGAUGGAACGACACUCCAGAAAUGGAUUAUCUCAACAAGAAGUUCGGCAAGUGGAUGCCCAAUGGAGCCCGCAUCGCCGUAGACUCGAAGCCUCGGUUAAGCGGUAUCAUGGACACAAUCAACGCCACCCGCGCGCACGGUCCCCAGACGAAGCUGCCCUCUGAAUUCUACGAUCCCAAGGCCAUUUCUAUAAUCGAGAGGAUUGGCGUGGAAGAAUGGUAUGGCGGAUACGCAGAGAGUCAGGAAUAUCGCACCCUCGGUAUAGGAGGCCUAAUGGGCGAUGUUGUGGCUCGCAUGGUUGGCAGCGUGGAACACACCCCGGCGGACGGAGAGUGCGAAAUCAAGCAGUCGGGCACUGCCCCUAGACCCAUCCGGUUUGGAAUGAGCGGUUGUCAUGACACGACACUGGCCGGUGUGCUGGCCAGCUUGGGAGCCUUUGGCCCAGACCAGUGGCCUCCCUUUACGAGCCACAUCGCCGUUGAGAUGUUCCGUGAUGCUCGGGUUCCCGCGGUGGGGACCUCGACCGAGCUACCGGCUGCGCCGGCCCCCAAGAACGGCAGCUGGUUCAGCUCGUGGUUCUCUUUUGGUCGGACUAGCGCCCCGUCGCCGGGAACUGCGCCGCCUGGCAUUGGUCGUAAGACAAUGCCCGAGUUGACCGAUGCCGAAAAGGACAAGCUGGACGGGUACUAUGUGAGGUUGCGGUACAACGACGCGCCAGUGACGAUCCCCGGUUGCAAAACCCCUGGCAACCACCUUGAAAAUGACGAAUCUUUCUGCACUCUGGCCGCCUUCAAGUCCAUCGUCGACAAAUACACACCUGUCAGCUGGAGAGACCAGUGCCGCAUGAAUGCCAACGCUUCCGCUUUCCCGGCCAAACCUGAGCCGGCCGGUUAUUGA